CUUCACACUAGUUAUAAAUAAUAUGCCAUCCUCUCCCAGCUGCAACCGACCAACACCACACUGCUUGCUAUUAAGGAAUGGACCCUCUUCUCACCGUUCCACCGUCACCCCACUCUUAGAACAAUAAUUUCACUUUCCCUCUUCCUGCACUUCCUUCCCACUAAACCAUGGAAACCACCUCGUUUUCCAUCUUACUCUUCUUCCUUCUCUUCGCCUCUUCCACUUUAUCUUCUCACGCCACUGUCUCCUACGACAGAAAGGCCAUUCUCAUUAAUGGGCAAAGGAGAAUCCUCUUCUCCGGCUCCAUACAUUACCCCAGAAGCACCCCUGAUAUGUGGGAAGAUCUGAUUUUUAAGGCCAAAGAGGGAGGGCUUGAUGUGGUUGAAACCUACGUCUUCUGGAAUGUUCACGAGCCUUCUCCUGGCAAUUACAAUUUCGAAGGGAGGUAUGAUCUGGUGAGAUUCGUGAAGAUUAUACAAAAAGCAGGGCUUUACGCUCAUCUCCGCAUUGGACCUUAUGUCUGUGCAGAAUGGAAUUUCGGAGGAUUUCCUGUUUGGCUUAAGUAUGUUCCGGGGAUAAGCUUUAGAACAGACAAUGAACCUUUCAAGAGGGCGAUGCAAGGAUUCACUGAGAAGAUCGUGGGAAUGAUGAAGAGUGAGCAGCUAUUUGAGUCUCAGGGGGGCCCCAUUAUACUCUCUCAGAUUGAGAAUGAGUAUGGGGCACAGAGUAAGUUGCAAGGGGCUGCUGGUCAAAACUAUGUGAAUUGGGCUGCAAAAAUGGCUGUGGAGAUGGGAACUGGAGUUCCUUGGGUGAUGUGCAAGGAAGAUGAUGCGCCAGAUCCAGUGAUAAACACGUGUAAUGGCUUCUAUUGUGAUAAGUUUACUCCAAACAGACCUUAUAAGCCUCUGAUUUGGACAGAGGCAUGGAGUGGCUGGUUUACAGAAUUUGGAGGUCCAAUCCACCAAAGGCCUGUCCAGGAUUUGGCAUUUGCAGCUGCUCGAUUUAUAAUAAGAGGAGGGUCCUUUGUUAACUACUACAUGUAUCAUGGAGGAACCAAUUUUGGACGAACAGCUGGAGGCCCUUUCAUCGCUACCAGCUAUGACUAUGAUGCUCCAUUGGAUGAAUAUGGUUUGAUUAGGCAACCAAAAUAUGGUCAUCUAAAAGAGCUUCAUAGGGCCAUCAAGAUGUGUGAGCGAGCUUUGGUUUCGACUGACCCCAUUGUUACUUCAUUAGGGGAAUCCCAACAGGCACAUGUAUACACUACGGAAACUGGAGAGUGUGCUGCUUUUCUCUCAAACUAUGAUUCAAAAUCCUCUGUUAGAGUGAUGUUCAAUAAUAUGCACUAUAGCUUGCCUCCUUGGUCCGUCAGCAUCCUCCCAGAUUGUAGAAAUGUUGUCUUCAAUACAGCAAAAGUUGGAGUGCAAACAUCUCAGAUGCAAAUGUUGCCGACAAAUACUCAAAUGUUUUCAUGGGAAAGUUUUGAUGAAGAUAUUUAUUCUGUAGAAGACAGCUCAGCAAUCACUGCUCCAGGUCUCCUGGAACAGAUAAACGUAACAAAGGAUGAAAGUGAUUAUCUUUGGUAUAUAACUAGCGUUGAUAUAGGUUCAUCCGAAUCCUUUCUACAUGGAGGUGAGCUACCCACUCUCCUUGUUCAGUCUACAGGCCAUGCUGUGCAUGUUUUCAUCAACGGUCAACUUUCUGGUUCUGCCUUUGGAACGAGGGAAUAUAGAAGAUUCACAUACACCGGCAAGGUAAACCUUCGUGCUGGAACAAACAGAAUAGCUCUGCUCAGUGUUGCCAUUGGACUUCCCAAUGUAGGACAACAUUUUGAGUCAUGGAGCACCGGAAUCCUAGGUCCAGUUGCACUCCAUGGACUUGAUCAGGGAAAAUGGGACUUGUCAGGGCAGAAAUGGACUUAUCAGGUUGGGUUGAAAGGAGAGUCCAUGGAUCUUGCUUCUCCGAAUGGUAUCUCUACUGUUGCGUGGAUGCAGUCAGCAAUAGUUGUACAAAGAAACCAGCCAUUGACAUGGCACAGGACUUCUUUUGAUGCUCCCGAAGGAGACGAACCAUUGGCAUUGGACAUGGAGGGAAUGGGUAAAGGUCAGAUAUGGAUCAAUGGCCAGAGUAUCGGAAGAUACUGGACUGCUUUUGCCACUGGUAAUUGCAAUGACUGUAACUAUGCUGGUUCAUUUAGACCUCCAAAGUGCCAACUUGGUUGUGGCCAACCAACCCAGCGAUGGUACCACGUCCCUCGAUCUUGGUUGAAGCCAACUCAAAAUCUUUUGGUUAUUUUCGAGGAACUCGGGGGAGACCCUUCAAAAAUCUCGCUUGUGAAGAGAUCAGUGAGCAGUGUGUGUGCUGAUGUGUCUGAGUACCACCCAAAUAUUAAGAACUGGCACAUCGAGAGCUAUGGUAAGUCAGAAGAAUUCCGUCCACCGAAGGUUCACUUGCACUGCAGCCCUGGCCAGACCAUCUCUUCCAUUAAAUUUGCCAGCUUUGGUACCCCUUUGGGUACUUGUGGGAACUACGUACAAGGAGCUUGCCAUUCUUCAGCAUCCUAUGCCAUAUUGGAGAAGAGAUGUGUCGGAAAAUCAAGAUGCACAAUCACUGUGUCAAACAGCAACUUCGGGCAAGACCCAUGUCCAAACGUAAUGAAGCGGUUAUCAGUUGAAGCGGUUUGCGGUCCAAGUGAUACAAAUUGGAGGGGUUGAUUGGAGAAGGAAGCACCCUUUUACGUUUAGUGUGCAGUGACAUAAAGGGCAAGGAAAAGGGAUGAACAAUAAUAAAAGCAGAGCAUAGAUAAAGUUAAAGGUAGUUGUGUAGGUGAAGAGUAGGUUCAGUGGCAUAGUGUGAAAGUAGCUCUGAGGCACGUGGUUUAUAAUUUUAUUUGGUGGGGUUAACGGGGCUUGUAAAAUUUUUUCAUAGUUAGAUAGGUGAAUGUGAAACGAAUGGUCUGAAAUUUGGACCCUUCAUGUGUGAAUUUAGAGUGUACCGGUCCCCGGCCUUUUAACCGGAUAUGGGCACUGGGAAGCGAGGCAUUUAUGUGGGUGUGAUUUGUGUUUCCUUUUUGUAACUUUGUAUUAAAUUAAUGAGUUAAUGCGGUGAGUCAUGCCACAAACCAGGUUCAACGUGGGAGUGGAUCCUACUUUAACCAUUGUCUGAUGAGAUUAUAGAAGUUCAAUAUUUAUAAAACCUUUGUUUUCAUUUUA